CGCCGAUGACGUUGCACAACAAAGAUGGCAGCGGGAAACAGCAACUACUGGGAAGAUUUGCGGAAGCAGGCCAGACAGUUAGAGAACGAGCUAGACCUGAAGUUGGUUUCCUUCAGUAAACUGUGUACCAGCUACAGCAGCUCACGCGAUGGCCGCAGAGGAGACAGCUCCGACACAACACCUCUUCUCAACAACUCCACUCAAGACAGAAUGUUUGAGACCAUGUCAGUCGAAAUCGAGCAGCUUCUUGCAAAGCUUACAGGAAUAAACGAUAAGAUGGCAGAGUACGCCAGCGCACCAGGAGUAACGUCUCUCAACGCCGCAUUAAUGCACACACUCCAGAGGCACAGAGACAUCCUGCAGGACUACACACACGAGUUCCACAAAACCAAAUCCAACUUCUUAGCUGUCAGAGAAAGAGAGGAUCUGCUUGGAUCAGUCAGGAAAGACAUUGAGACGUACAAGAGCGGCUCGGGCGUGAACAACAGACGAACAGAACUUUUCCUCAAGGAGCACGAGCACCUAAGAAACUCUGAUCGGCUCAUUGACGACACUAUAAGUAUUGCCAUGGCAACCAAGGAGAACAUGACCUCCCAGCGUGGCGUCUUGAAGUCCAUACAGAGCAGGGUCAACACCCUGGCCAAUCGUUUUCCUGCCAUCAACAGUCUCAUCCAGCGAAUCAACCUGAGGAAGAGGCGAGACUCUCUAAUCCUGGGUGGUGUCAUCGGCGUCUGCACCAUACUUCUGUUGCUCUAUGCGUUCCACUGAUCGACAGAGGAUCUGACAAAUUCCAUUUUUGGGGGUGGGUGGGUGGGUUCCGUGAGCGGUGGCGGGGCUCUGAGCGGAAGCUCAGCGACAGCGACGGGACCCUAGAGGCUACCGAGUAGACUCCCCACUCGGCCUAAUCAAAUAACAGAAUCGAUCGCGGCCAGCAUGGACUACCUUACUUGUAUUUAGCACUGGGUUGGAUGUGGCUCUUGAAGCGUUUUCGUUUUUCCUAAUACAAACCUGCUUUCUGACGACAUUAAAACGAGACCAAAUGAAACGAAAGGCCGGAAUCUUGGUUACGAGGUGCAGCCCGAAACGCUUCGUUACGGCAUCGUGAAAUUGUGCUGCCGCUGUUGAUUACUGGGGUGAAGAGGAUAUUAAUGUGAUGGUCCUUUCAGUAAAGGAGAUGUUCAUCAUGUUAUGUACCUUGUGAUUUAAUAAAUUAUUCAUAUAUGUA